CAUAACACGUGUUGAAAACAAAAUACGUAUGUUUUGGUGCCGGCCCUGCCCUUCAGUAGGAACUAAUGGCCGGAUAUCUCUUUUCUUUUGAAACUCACACCUAUCUAAAAUAAGGUGUUAUUUUUGUCUGCCCUCUCUGUACAGUGCAAGCUCUUAUUAAGAUGGCUGUUGAUGGAAGAUAUAUUUUCAUAGGUCUUGAAGUUCUUAUAGCUAUUGGUUGUUGUCUGGGCAAUCUGCUGGUGAUAUGGGCCGUGCGGAAGAGCGGAUCCCUAAAUCAACCCACCUUCUGUUUGAUCGUGUCACUGGCGAUGGCUGAUUUUUUGGUUGGAUGUGUGGUUGUUCCGCUUUCUGCAGUCGAGGCGGUUAACUUUGAAAUGUCUUUCCAUGCGUGUCUCUUUAUAAAUUGUGUUCUCAUUGUACCGCUUCAAGCCUCAGUGCUCACCCUCAUGACUAUUGCUUUGGAUCGAUUCCUGAGAGUCUGUAUUCCCUUCAGGUAUAAGUCUACAGUAACUAAAAGACGAUCUUGGGUUCUCGCUGCUGUGUGCUGGAUGUUGGCGUGUCUGCUCGGCUUCUUACCAAUGUUUGGAUGGUACAAUCGUGACUCUUUGAAACACAACUCCACCUUAAACUGUGAAUUUACAGCCGUCAUUUCCUUUUCAUAUCUGGUCAACUUUAUUUUCUUUGGUAUCUUUAUGCCUCUGUUGGCCAUCAUGGUUGCUUUGUAUUGUUACAUCUUUUUUAAAGUUAGAAGGCUGAAGGGAAAGACGGGUAUUGCUGAAUCUGGUGCGUAUAACCAUAAGGAACACAACCUGGCCGGAUCACUGUUUUUGGUUUUGGCUCUGUUUGUUGCAUGCUGGCUUCCGUUAAACAUCAUGCACGCUAUUAAUUAUUUCUAUGGACGGCGUAUACGAGUCCCUUCUGAUGUCAUGUAUUUUGGUGUCAUAGUAUCUCAUGCUAACUCGGUGGUCAAUCCUGUUGUGUACGCCCUGAGGAUACCUAAGAUUAAGGCGGAGUUCAGGAAGUUUUGGAAAAGCCUGAUUGGCCCACAGCAGCAGACUACAGAGACAUUGGAGUUAUAAAGUUACAGUGAAAAUCAAUCAGGUUCAGUGGUGUCAAUUCAACUGAUUGUGUUCUAAUCGGCUUGGGGAAAAAGCGCAGAAUUUAAAGGGCACCUAUUAUGCAAAAUGUAUUGCUAAAAGUUUUUGGACAUAAAUGUUUUACCAAGUCUCAUCAGAUAUGCUGUUUUGGUCUCUUGUUGUUAAUGUGAUGUCACACUGAUAAAGCCCCGCCCACAGCCACUGACUGACUGGUUAAUAUUCACCAAAAGCUUUUCUAAAUGUGUUUGUUAGCACACUGUAGCGCUAAUGUGGCUAAAGAAUUAUUGUCUCAGACUGCUCACUGUCUCUUUUUGUAAGGAAAUAAGAAGCAGUAGCUCAUUUGCAUUUAAAGGUACAAACAUUUAAACAGCACAUUUUUGCUCCCAUCUUUACAGGGGCAUUUUGGACAUUUUGAUCUGUGGGGUACUUCUUGUCUUCAAAUCUCAAGACUUAUCUAGGCAGGCUUUUAUUUGAUUGCUUUUAUGCUUGUAUUAUGUGUGUCUGGGCUGUAUUAAUAGUUGUAAUGAUUAUUGCUGUUAAUGUUGAUUGUUUUAUUGUACAGUGUCCUUGAAUGUCUAGUAAGGCUCCUAUAAAUAAAAUGUGUAACAAUAAUAAUAAUUUUGAGCUGAAACUUCAAAGACACAUUCUAGGCACACCUGGGACUCAUAUUACUUCUUGUAAAAAUGGGAAUAAUACAGGCAAUUUAAUGUGUUAGUUUUCCCAAAAAUGUACAUUCUGUUGCUAUUUACAAACCAAUGUCAUUUUAAAUAAUUAUGUUAGAC